AUGGGCGACCCUUUAGAUGUCACCGUGCAGCCGGAAUGCCCUGGCCAGGAGUAUCGCCAUGUCCUGGGAUUUAGAGAACCCGAUCUGGGCUGUUACGGUGACAAAGGACUGAGACAUAGAGUGCUGCCCAACGAGAGGUGCUUUCAGGAUGCGGCCAGAAACAACGAUCUGGAUCUGAUGGAGAAGCUGUUUAAGAAGAAGGUUAACAUUAAUGCUGUCGACAGCAUGAACCGCACAGCUCUGCACUUCGCUGUUGGAGGGAACCACUUGUUGGCUGUGGAUUUCUUGCUGAAUCACAAGGCCAGGGUGGACAUGGCGGAUAAGCAUGGCCUGACGGUGAUGCACCUUGCAGCCUGGUCUGGAAGCCUGGAGACCAUGCUCAUGCUGGUGAGAGCUGGAGCAGACCAAAGAGCCACGACUCAGGACGGGAUGAAUGCUCUCCACUUUGCAGCUCAGAGCAAUAACGUGCCGGUUGUGGAGUACCUCAUUCAGGAUCUGCAUCUCACGGACUUGAACCAGGCUGACAAGAGAGGAAGAAAACCAUUUCUCUGUGCGGCAGAGAGGGGCCACGUUGAAAUGAUAGAAAAACUCACCCUCCUCAAUCUGCAUUCUUCAGAGAAGGACAAGGAGGGAAACACAGCCCUGCACCUGGCGGCAAGGGGCGGGCACAGCCCAGCUGUGCAGCUGCUGCUGACUCAGUGGCGAGGAGUGGACGAGGUCAAUGAGGACGGAGAGACACCGUUCUUCCUGAGUGUCCAGGGGGGUCACGAGGAAUGCAGCCAAGUGCUCCUGGAGGCGGGAAGUGACAUCAACGUCAGAAAUAAGCUCAACAUAAGCGCUUUGCAGACUGCAGCCCGGAAUGGCCAGAUAUCCCUCGUUAAGUUUCUUCUUCGAGAGAAGGUGGACCUGCACCAGGGCCCAGAUCCCACGGAGUCCCCUCUGCACCUAGCGGUGACCCACAACCACAUGGCCAUAGUGACCAGCUUACUACAAGCGCAGCACGACACCAAUGUCCUCAGUCAGAGGCAGCAAACCCCACUACACGUGGCCGCCGACCUUGGGGACGUGGAACUGGUGGAGACCCUGCUGCAGGCAGGCUGCGACUUGAAGGCCGUGGACAAGCAGGGAAGGACUGCCCUGGCCGUGGCCUCCAGGAGCGGCCACAGCCUGGUUGUGGACAUGCUCAUUAAGGCGGAGAGAUUCUGCGCCUGGAGACAGGAGCACGGCGAGGGCCCCAGGGCUCCCCUGACGUUCAAGCAGGACCACAGCCUAGAGACUAGGCCUGUGCGUACGCUGCUCUGGGACCUGGCCUACCGGCAGCUCAGGGCCAACGAGUGGCAGAGGCUGGCCCGGGCCUGGGACUUCACGGAGGAGCAGAUCAGAGCCAUCGAGCAGCAGUGGGCAGGAAAGGAGAGUUUCCGUGAACACGGCCACAGGGCCCUGCUCAUCUGGCUGCACGGGGCCCUGCUCACACAGCCCCACCCGGCCAAGCACCUGCAUGAGACGCUGGUGCGCGCAGGCUUCCCAGAGCUGGCCGAAAAGACUCGUCAACUCAAACAUGACACUGACUCAAGCUCCAGGAAUUGUGCAGUUUCCUAAGUGCCUGAGGACGUUUGCAUGGUUUUCCUUUCAGUUCAGCUUCUUUAAGGCUGUGUCCUCUCACAGCACGCGACGGUGGUGCCAGGACACGCUCACAGACGGAGGGCACCACGAACUCCCCAACCACUCGGGUGUAGUCAGAUACGCUUCAUGGUUUUUCUUAAGGGCAGUUGGUCUGUGGUUCUUCUGUCUGUCAUGUGAUGUGACACAUAAUCUGGGAGGGUCUGAGGGUCACGUGUUAGUGAGACUGGCGAUGGAGCAGCACUGUUGUGUAUGGAAACCCAGGGGUUUUCCAAGAUACAAUUUGAAGGGGGCUUUGCCACAUAGUCACUGAGAGCUUCUGGGCCCGUUGUUAUCGUCAGACUCUCAG